AUGUCGUUACUGGACCUCAUCAAAGAAGCCGCCGCCGCCGCUGAUUCUGAAACUUCAGUCGAAUCAAAAUACCCAAUAGUUUUAAAUGCAAUUCCGAUUCUAACCGAUUUGAAAGCUGCAAAAGAUGACACAGACGAUACCAAAAUUAUCAAACGUGUUGAAGGAUGGAAGGUUUCAGAAACCGAUACAGAAAUCAUUGAAUCAGGAAACAAGUUCACCAGAAGAUUGAAAAAGAAGCUGAAAAAUCCCAAAUCCUUUAAUACAGAUGAGUUUCUUGAGAUUUUGCAUUCUUUCUUGAAGAAAAUCGUUGAUCUUCUUAAUCUAUCUGAUGAUGAUGUUUCGAGUUCUGUUUGUUUAAUGCUAGAAAAAUCAGGUGUUUUUAUUGGUAAAAAUGUUUUAAGUUUGAUAUUGGAAGCUUCGUUAAAGCUGGAGGUAUGGGAAGUAUUGAAAACCCUAAUUAUUCAAGGAGUAACAUGUUUGGAUUUGAUUGAGAUUUUGGUGACGAAACAAAGAGCUGAUUUGCUUUGUUUAUGUGUUAAACAUGUUUUGGAUAUUCAGUCUGAUGAUUUUGUGAGUAUUUUCAAAUACUUUCUUACUCCACCUAAAGGUUUGAAUAAGAAUAUGAUUAGUGUAAGAGAAGAUUGGGAAAACCAGGCUAAUUUAGCUAUAGAGAGUUGUAGUAGUAGAAGGAAUGACAAGUCUGUGUUGGCGAAAGAAGCUUCGAUAUUACUUAUGGUUGCUUAUGAUGAGUUUACAUCAGCUGAGCUUUGUUUGCAUUAUUUAUUUGCAAGUUCAAAUCCUGAUUCAUUAACAUUAUCAUAUGUUUUAUCAAGAUUGACUGGGACUGAGAUGUUGAGCUUGAUUAAGUAUUUAGGGAAAUGGUUGAAGAAAUAUGAGAAGUUUCCUCAAGCAAGUCCGUGUCCAAAAGCGGGUAAGAAAUUGGGUUUGAAUGCUUGUGAUUGGGUUCCUUCUCUUAAGUCAAUUGUGAAGUAUAUUGGAUUGGUUUUGGAUGAACAUUUUUCUAAAUUGGUAUUGUAUACUGAGUUUCAAGAGGAGUUGAGACUGAUUAAUGGAGUUGUUCAAUCUUUAGCAUCGGAAGCUAGAUUAUGUUGCUCAGUUGCAGAUGUAGUCGAGAACUUGAAGCUGGAAACUCAGAGUCAAAAGGAUGCUUGA